AUGGAGCAUCUGGAAACCCUCUACAUCGAUGGUGCGCUACCCAUCAACACAAUUUUCCGUUUCCUCCUUCAUCAUCCCAGCAUACAUGAGCUCCGGAUUGGUCACUUUACUCACCCUGGUUUCCUCCCCUACGCCACCCGUCCACCUAAUAUGGACCACCUCGAAGUCCUCGCGGGUUCUCAUGACUACAUAAUCCCCUUACUUGCGCGGGGUCUUCCUGCACUGCAGCGUCUUGCGGUCAUACCGGAUCAUCCUUCCGCGAUUGGCCUAUUUCUCGAUUCCGAGCUCCGAGGGGUGAUAAACAGUGCUCGACGCUGUACGCGUCUCCAAGAGCUCGACAUCGCCCUUCCCUGUGGUUACAUUGCACAGCCAGAAUCCGACUCAUUCUUCAUUGUAGACGACCCACAACACCUUCGCACGGAACGUGGUCUUUCGAACGUGCACACGAUCACCAUCCGCGCUACAUGGGAUGCAGACGAAUUUACCUUAUCUUCAACUCAUCUGAGUGUUCUUAACAGCUUACCGGGGUGGCUAGAUCUCUUUCCUUCAGUAUGA